AUGAUCUCUAUCUCUAGCACUCUGUUGCUCCUAUGGGUCAAGCAUGGCUUAGACCAAGGCCUCAACACUACCGUGCUAACCCUCCUCAUCCUUCUGGAGGUCCUCCUUCUCAUGGUGACGGUCCACCUCAUCCAUGUGGGUGGUGCCCUCAGCGACCUCAGUGGGACCAUCUUUGCCUUCUACAUCGUCAUCAUCGCCGGUGCAGAGUCAGCCAUAGGCCUUAGCAUCUUAGUGGCCUACUACAAGCUCAGAGGGUACGUCUCUAGUACCAUCUAG